AUGCGCAGCCCUGCUGAGCCCGGCCUUCCACCCCGACCCGCCCGCAUUCCGCUCAGGGCCCACGGCCCUGUUGCCUCUAGACUUAGUCAGGACCUGCUGUGCCCAGGCUCCAUGCUGGGCAUUGGGCACGUGGAAGGGAACCGGUGGAGGCCCCAGACCUGGGUCCACACUAUGCAAGCCUGUGAUGGAGAGCAGGUUCUGAACAAUCGUGUUGCCACUGACUUUUUUCCCCGGGCCUUGGUCUGCACCUUAUCCUUCCCUUUCUACUGUGGGAUGAUUCCCCCCGAGUUCAGAGGGGAGCACGACAUCGACGGCGCUCUGAGCAACAACUUGCCCUUUGUGGACUCCCCCUCCACCAUCACCGUGUCUCCCUUCCACGGGACAGUGGACAUCUGCCCCCAGAGCAGCUUGGCCAGCAUGCAUGAGCUGAACGCCUUCAAUGCCACCUUCCAGAUCUGCACCAAGAACUUCUUCCCGGGGGUCACUUCCAGCCCCGAGGUAGUGACCGACAACUGCAGACAAGGCUACCUGGACGCCCUGAGGUUCCUGGAGAGAUGUGGAAUCACACAUGACUCACCAGUGCUGUGGACGUUGGUAUCUAAGGAGCCCCCAGCCCCAACGGAUGGGACCCGGGAUGCUGACUGUGACAGGCCAGUGCCCAAUGUGCUGGUCAGGGAUGUGCUCGACUUUGAGCAGCUCUCCCCGGAGCUGGAGGCAGCACUGAGGAAAGCCUGUCUGAGGGACCCCCGCACCAGGGCUUCCUUCUGCCAGGCGGGCCCUGGGUGGGCGCUAAUACCUUGCACACGGCCCUUUGAGUAUGUCUACUUCCAGAGCAGAAGGGUGGUGGCGUGGCUGCCCGACAUGACGGCCGACCUGCGGUGGAUGCGGGGCUGGCUGAGGAACUUGGUCCUCAAAGUCUAUUCCAGGAUGAAGGACCAGCUCCUCGGGCGAGGCAGACGGCCUGAGCUCACGGAGGACGAGUGGAUCUCCCUGCUCUGCCAGGUCCCCACCGGUCCUUCUGCCAUCCUUCCAGACAUCUCCACGGGCCCUCUACUGGUCACCAGCCCCCUCCAGCCUGAGGCUGCUCCUCCCAAGGACCUGGCCAAGGAGCCCAGACCCGCCCAUCAGGCCUGA